GGUACUCUGGGGAGCUGGUACCCCCGCUUCCUGAGUCGGAACACAGGGAAUACGGAAGGACAGGUGUCCACGCGGGGCGGGGACGAAUGCUCACGUGGUACACCUGACCCCAGGAGCAUCUUCAGGGACAUGGAAGGCGAAUUUCCCCUCUCCGCUACACACACACACACACCACCACCACCACCACCACCACCUCAGGCAACAUGGGGUUGUCCACUGCUCAGGACUCACGGAGAAGCCCUCCCCGCGGUACGCCUGGACAGUGUACCGACACGGGGCCAUCUGCAGAGCUCCUCACCUGAACACGUGGGCUCUUGGUUACUCACCGAAGGAUACCUGUCCACCCGACAGUGGAGUCUGACACAGUAAAGGUGCAGGGUGAAGAAAUUCGCCUGCACUCCAUGCACUGCCACUCAGCUCGAUACUCAUGGACGUUGGAUGGACUAGCAGCAGGGAUGGUCGGCUAUGAUGCCAAAGCAGAUGGCAGGAAUAACUCCAAGUUGGAGGUGGCGGUGGCAGGAUCGGUGUCUGGAUUUGUCACUCGUGCCCUGAUCAGCCCUUUGGACGUCAUCAAGAUCCGUUUCCAGCUUCAGAUUGAACGCCUGUGUCCAAGUGACCCCAACGCCAAAUACCACGGAAUCUUCCAGGCGAUCAAGCAGAUUCUGCAGGAGGAGGGCCCAACGGCGUUCUGGAAAGGACACGUUCCAGCCCAGAUUCUGUCCAUAGGCUAUGGAGCAGUCCAAUUUUUGUCAUUUGAAGAGCUGACUGAACUGCUCCACAGAGCCAAUUUGUAUGAAACUCACCAAUUCUCGGCAUACUUUAUAUGUGGUGGCCUGUCUGCUGGCACAGCUACCCUUGCUGUGCAUCCUGUGGAUGUCCUGCGCACUCGCCUCGCAGCUCAGGGGGAGCCCAAGAUCUAUAACAACCUGAGAGAGGCUGUGUCAACCAUGUACAGGACCGAGGGCCCCUUGGUCUUCUACAAAGGCUUGCUUCCCACCGUGAUCGCCAUCUUCCCCUACGCGGGCCUGCAGUUCUCUUGCUACCGGUCCUUGAAGCGUGCCUACGACUGGGUCCUCCCGCCAGAUAGAAAGCAAACAGGGAACCUGAAAAACCUGCUUUGUGGCUGUGGGUCUGGAGUCAUUAGCAAGACCCUCACAUAUCCGCUGGACCUCUUCAAGAAGCGCCUGCAGGUGGGAGGGUUCGAGCAUGCCCGGUCUGCCUUUGGUCAGGUGCGGAGCUACAGGGGCCUCGUGGACCUCGCCAAGCAGGUGCUCCACGAUGAAGGCACCAAGGGCUUCUUCAAGGGCCUGUCCCCCAGCCUGCUGAAGGCUGCCCUCUCCACGGGCUUCAUGUUCUUCUGGUACGAGCUCUUCUGUAACCUAUUCCACUGUAUGAGGAUCGAAGACAGAUAGCUGUGAGGUCAGGAGGGGCCUAAGGUCUGUACCGGAGGCGCCUCUCCCAACAAGACUUGUUCUGAGCUCAUACUGAACAAUGGCUGCUGCCUGGCUGGCCUUCUAGGCCAGCUGUCCUGAGCAUGAAGGGUCAUCCACAGCCGAUGGCAGAAGGGCCAGGGCCUUUUCUGAAAAGAACACGGAGAAGGGAGUGCUUGGGCUACAGAGACAAGGCCACCGAGAAGGAGUCUGGCGUUGUUUCUCCUCUGUCCAGCCAGCCUCUGCUUUGUAGUCCUGUUUCUGGGGAGAACCCCCCAGUCCUAGUAAGAGCAUGGCUUGAGCACAGAGGAGUAGGACUGGGCUCUUUGCAGAUUUCUGACCCCCACAACUUGGUUUUGCUUCUCCUGCCAACUUAUUUAAUAGACAUUAAAGCGGAAGGCACAUUCCUCAUCUCA